CUCAUCUUGAUCGGCGGCCAGGGACAUUUGGAACUUUAUCCACAAUUUUUUUUAUUUAACGGAAUUGAUAUACCAAAUGUACGGCAAAGUUGAAGGGGAUGUCAAGAGAAUGCUAGAAAAAUUUUGUUGUUCGAAAAAUUCCAAGUAUUGAUCGACUUGUAAGAUCUUUGUAAGACCUUUGUAAGAUCUAUCUUACAGACUUGUUUACGCUUGUAUCAUUUAUUUAAUUUCUUAUGCUAUUAUUCCGACUUAUCACUUCCGCAGUGCCCUCUCUGAAUUCAUUUUCUGUUUCGUUUGGUUUCGUACCACUGUGUCAGCAGUCUUUCUGCGUUACGAUAUUUUGUCAUUAUUAUUGUAUGUUAUACACUGUUACGAACCGGAAGGGGCAACUGCGUAGUCAGGACUAUCUUUAGGUUAUGGAGUUUGUUAGUUGGCUUUACCAGUGUUGUUAGUCACUUGUAACAUAAAAAUGACUUUAAGUCGUACAAAAAAAUUGUCAAAGAUCACCUUUUUUUUCAUCUGCUAAAGACUUUAGGCUAACGUAGGGAGCUUCGGGAGGUUGGUUAUCGUGGACGAAUCUACGUAUGGCUAACUUAGGGAGUCGCAGGAAAUGUUACUAAUAGGCCUCGUAACUUGAAUUAUCGGUGCACCUCGAGAGAAGUUCAUUACAAUUUAAAUUCAUUGGUGACUCCAAAUUGAAACAUGAAUGCUGAUUCUAAUGCGCGACUACGCCAAUUACAAUUAGAAGCAGAGGAACUCACCAUGUAUGCAAUGCGGAUACCUCCAUGCACCUACGAAGAACGCGUGUAUUCAUCGCAACCAUCAAAAUUUGCGGUAUCGUACACAAUAAAUCCUAAUAUAAGAAAAAUGCCGCAGGAAAGGAAAACUGAAGAUCCUGACUUAUAUUUACUGGAAUCAUCAACAUCUGCGGCAUGGUUACCAGCAAAUACUAAUAUAAAAAAAAUGCAUCAGCAAAGAAAAACUGAAGAUGCAAUAAGCAAAGAAAAAGAACUUUCGUGCAGGAGAAGAACGAAAGUACUAUCAUAUUUUAUUUGUAAAGCGAUGAUGCCUUUAUCAAUAGUGGAAAACAAAGCAUUUCAGCGAUUUGUAAAAGACCUAGAUCCUGCUUAUAAAUGUCCGUCACGCGAUACCUUAAAAACAGAAAUAAUAGAUCAAUAUAAUAGUUUAUCUCAAAAUUUAAAAGAAAAAUUAAAAAACAGACAAAAUCUUACUAUUACUCUUAAUGUUUGGUCAAAUACCUCGCAAACAAACAAAUUUUUAGGUAUAACAGUUCAUUACGUAGACAACAGUAACUUAGAAUCUAUAGUAUUGGAUUUUAUAAAAAUACCACCAUCGCAAAUAAAAAAAUCAAAUAUAGUAGAAGGUGUAGAGAACACGUUAAAGACUUAUCUUCAAAAUUGGAGUAUCGAAGAUAAUCAAAUAGUAGCUGUAAUAACAGACAAUGCAGUAAAUAUAUCGAUAGAAACCAAAAACUAUUAUAUUUCCUGUUUUGCUCAAACAGUGGAAUCGAUUGCGGUAAAUUUAAUAAAUAAAACAGAGAACUUUUUUAAAAUAAUUCGUUCAAAUGUAAAAAGGGCCAUAGAAGACUCAAAACUUAGUAAUGCGUUAAGGAAAAUGCUGGAUAAGAGGGCGAUUAGAAGAGAUUGCCAGAAAACACUAGUCUUAGACAAUCCUGAGAAAUGGAAUUCAACACUUCACAUGGUUGAAACGUAUCUCGAACUUUCACCUUUCCUAAAUGAUAAAGCAGAGUUCAAGUUGGAUUCGACUGAAAUGGAAAUUUUAAAAGAGGCAGUUGUGAUAUUACGUUUUGUGAAAGAAUUAACAGAUGAACUAUCACCAGAUCACCAUGUAACAAUUAGCGAAAUGAUACCAUUGAUUAGUUGCUUUCAGUCAAGUCUGAACGAAUUAGAACUAAAAACAAACUUCGGUAAAAAAUCAAAAUCGAUCUUAAGCAAAGAAAUGAAAAAGUUUGAGAAGAAAGAGGAAAGUUUGUUGUGUGCACAAGCUACAUUACUGGAUCCCAGAUUUAAAACAAUUUAUUUCACGGAUGGAUUUCUUCCGCUAUUAGAAAAAGCUAAGAGGUGCAUUAUAACAGAAACAACAAAACAUACUACAACUCCACAAAAUAAUUCAGAUGAUUCAGAUGAUUCAUAUAAUGUAGAUAACGAAAGCGAUUUACCGAAAGGUAUAUGGAAAGAGCAUGCAAAAAGAAUCUAUAAAAGGACGAAAACAUCACACUAUGAUGACGCUACAAUUAACGAAGAACUAUCAAAGUAUUUAAUUUCAAAAAUAGAAAAAGAUCGUAAGCAAAAUCCGUUUAAGGUGUGGGAAGAAAACAAAUUUUUAUAUCCGAAUUUAUAUACUUUGGCUCAAAAGUUUCUUUCCCCUGUAGUUACGGUGUUGCCAACGGAAAAACUGUUUUCGAAAACUGCUACGAUAAUAAUGGAAGAAACAAACUUGUCAAAUACUCUAUUGAGUAAAUUAAUAUUUCUACAUAAUUUACCUGAAAAAUAUUGGGAUCAUGAACAAGACAUUGAAUGUAUUGAUAUUUAAAACCUGAACAUAAUACUUCAAUGGAAUUUAUUUGCCACACAAGUUUUGCCCUGAGACGAUUAUAGAAUUUUCGGACACUGAUGACCCUUCUGAGAAAACAAAUUUCAGUCAUCCAACGCGGCAGUCAAUGUGUUAAAAACUAUGAGUGACAUAAACAGUGAUGUUUUAUUACCAAUAUAUCUACGAUCAUCGAUGUUAAUAGGCCGAGGGGAAUUAUGUAUAUCGAUACAUCGAUGUAUUAUCUCGAUUAGGAAUGGAGUGUAAAAUCACUAACAGUGAUUCAUCACUAGACUACGGAAGUUUAUGCAAAUGCAUAUUUUAGAAAAAUGGAUGGCUGUAGUUCCGAAUACGACCAGUCGCCGAUCAAGAUGAAAUUUGGAGGGUUGGUUGGGAGCGGGUAGACGACCCCAAAUAUAAAGUGGUAUCUUCGGCUU